CGUGGAAGGCAAAAACACACCGAACAUCACGGAUGAGGAAACAGAACCGAAGCUUCGCUCCACUUAAUGAAGGACAUCCUGCUUUGGAGAACAAUAGAUGAAGGAAGCCCUACCUGCCUCUUUUGGCUCAUGAUCCAGGUGUCAGCCAGUUUGGAGGAGGUUGCGGAGCCUGUGCCUGUAAGAACCGUCCUGACCUCAUCCACCGAACAGAAUGAGAUCGUGAACAAACACAACACCCUGAGGAGAAACGUCAGCCCUUCUGCCAGCAACAUGCUCAAAAUGAGUUGGAACAGAGAAGCCGCAAGGAAUGCUCAGAAUUGGGCUAACACCUGUUCCAUGAAUCACAGCCCGGCGAGCUACAGGGAGAUCAGUACUAGCGGCUGUGGUGAGAACUUGUACAUGUCCAGCUACAAAAACAGCUGGAGCAACGCCAUCCAGGCGUGGUAUGAUGAAGUGAAGGACUGGCGCUAUGGAGUGGGUUCUGUUAACGGGAGAGUUGUUGGACAUUUCACACAGAUUGUUUGGUACCGCUCCAAUCAGAUUGGUUGUGCGAUGGCCUACUGUCCCAACUCUAGCUACAAGUAUUUCUACGUCUGCCACUACUGCCCACCCGGAAACUAUCAGCUUUCUCGCCCCUACAAAUCCGGCCCCACCUGUGCUGACUGCCCAAAUGCCUGUGAGAAUAAACUGUGCACCAACCCGUGUCAGUACACUGACAAGUACAGCAACUGUCCUGAUCUGAAGAAGCAGCAUGGUUGCCAGAACAGCAACGUCGCCUCUUGGUGCCCCGCCUCCUGAGACCCCGGGGACGACCCAGGACGCGCUGGAGAGACUAUGUCUCUCAGCUGGCCUGGGAACGCCUUGGGAUCCCCCGGGAUGAGCUAGAUGAAGUGGCUGGGGAGAGGGAAGUCUGGGAGUCCCUCCUGAAGCUGCUGCCCCCGCGACCCGACCCCGGAUAAGCGGAAGAAGAUGGAUGGAUGGAUGGAUGGAUGGAUGGAAAAUAUUCCAUAAAAGAAAGACAAUUCUGGGAUGAUAACCCCGAAUUAAAUUAAAUUACUAUUUUAUAAAUAUUUUUCUAUUUUCUAUUAAUACAUAAACAAAGAUGACUCAAAUCAUCAAGGUCAUCUCACAGGUGUCACACGGCAAGAAAAACUCCAUGGCCUUGAGUGAGUGAGAGCGCGUGUGUGUGUGUUUAAAGCUUAAACUUUGAUACUCAUGUGGCAGCAUGGCCUCAGCGUGUAUAAAUCGUGAACGUCUUCUUUUUCACCUUCCUCUGCAGCCUCUGCAUCGCCUUCCAAGUGUCGGCCAUCUUGGAAAAGGAUGCGGAGCCUG